UACAACAUUUGGAUGAAAAGUGAAGUUCUUGGUUUUCCGGCGGGUGUUUGCCCUACUGUUGGUAUUGGUGGGCAUGUCAGUGGCGGUGGAUACGGGAAUAUGCUUCGUAAGUUUGGACUCAGUGUUGAUAAUGUAUUGGAUGCUCGACUGGUGGAUGUUAAUGGUAGAAUUCUUGACAGGAAAUCAAUGGGUGAAGAUGUAUUUUGGGCAAUUAAAGGUGGUGGUGGUGCUAGUUUUGGUGUCAUUCUAGCCUUCAAAAUCCAACUUGUUCAAGUUCCACAAACUGUGACUUACUUCAAAGUUGAAAGGUUUUUAGACCAGAAUGCUACUGAUAUUGUUGUCCAGUGGCAGAAUGUUGCUACCAAAAUUGACAAUAAUCUCUUCGUAAGACUACUUAUACAACCCGUUACAGCAAAAAAUAAAGAAAAGGUCGAGGGUGCAGAGGACACAAAGACGAUACGUGCAACAUUCAUAGCGUUGUUCCUUGGUGAUUCUAGUACACUAAUGUCUCUUGUAAGCAAAGAAUUCCCUGCUUUGGGAUUAACAAAGAAGGAUUGUUUCCAAAUGAGGUGGAUUGAUUCAAUCCUGCUGUGGGCAAAUUUCGACAACACGGCAAGGCCAGAAGCCUUGUUAAACAGAACAGGGGAUUCAUUAAUUUUCUUGAAAAGAAAAUCGGAUUACGUACUAGAACCAAUUCCUAAAGAUAAAUUGGAAUCAAUUUUUCAGAAGAUGAUUUCACUGGGAAAAAUAGGACUAGUUUUCAAUCCUUAUAGAGGAAGAAUGAAUGAAAUUCUCGAGGACGAAACUCCAUUUCCUCAUAGGGCAGGGAUUAUUUUUAAGAUUCAGUACUCAGCGAAUUGGAAUGAAUUAGGAUUAGUGGCAGAAAAAGAUUACCUUUCACAGAUAAGAGAUUUGUACAGCUUCAUGACUCCAUUUGUUUCAAAGAACCCUAGACAAGCCUAUCUUAAUUACAGGGAUCUUGAUAUUGGUACAAAUGAUCAAGGCCCAAACAGCUUAGAACAAGGACGGGUAUAUGGAACCAAGUAUUUCAAGAGCAAUUUUGAUAGAUUGGUGAAAGUGAAAUCAAUGAUCGAUCCACAAAAUUUCUUCAGAAAUGAGCAAAGUAUUCCUACUCAAACUCACUCCAUUCAUGUUCAAGGGACAAGAAAACGCAUGAAGAUGUUCUAAUCCAGGUGAUUAUUCUUUUAUAGUAUCUUAAUAAGUGUCAGAUUGUGUUUUAAUGAUUCUCCGGCACAUGUAAUGGUGCCACGUGGAGGGACUAGGUUGAACUUUGUUUAAUUAAGAAAUCAUUUUCACUUCUUUUAAUAUUAGUCGAAUUUUAUGAAUGUGAUAUAUUGAAUCAAAAA